AGCGUCACGGUGGACGAGUCCAUUCCGAUAUCGGGAGAGCUGGAUCGACAUAAAAACAAAUAAAAGCCCACACCGUCGCUCCGCACCACACCAAUAUCUUUUAGCUUCAACCUGGAGAGUUGUGAGAUUAGUGUCAGUUAUAAAGCUUGUCUGUGUUUAUGUGCUCGAGUCUGUGUGCUUGUGCGCGCGCGGUGGUUUGAGCUGAGGGAAGAUGGCGGCGACUGCGUCAGUGAGCAGAUUAAACCGCUGCUGCUAAAUCUCUCAUUUCACCUCGUGUGUUUUCUAAUUGUUUGUUUGUGUUGAAUUGUACUAUUGUUGUGGUGAUGUCGGACUCAGAGGAAGAGAUUCAGGAGCGACAGCUGAAGAUCGUUCUGCUGGGAGACGGAGCGUCUGGAAAGACAUCUCUCUCCACCCGGUUUGCACAAGAGGCGUUUGGGAAACAGUAUAAACAGACAAUAGGGCUGGACUUCUUCCUCAAGAGAAUCACUCUGCCAGGAAAUCUGAAUGUUACCCUACAGGUGUGGGACAUUGGAGGACAGACAAUUGGAGGAAAAAUGCUGGACAAGUACAUCUAUGGAGCACAGGGCGUGCUCCUGGUAUAUGACAUCACUAAUUCUCAGAGUUUUGAGAAUCUUGAAGACUGGUUAAACGUGGUGAGAAAAACCAAUGAAGAGUCUGACACACAACCUGCGAUAUCGCUGAUCGGAAACAAGAUUGAUCUGGAACACAUGCGGACAGUAAAGAUGGAAAAGCAUCAACGAUUUUGUCAGGAGAAUGGACUCAUUAGUCAGUUUGUGUCUGCAAAAACUGGAGACUCUGUGUGUCUCUGUUUUCAAAGACUGGCAGCAGAGAUUUUAGGCAUUAAGCUGAGUAAAGCAGAGAUGGAGCAGUCACAGCGUAUUGUCAAAGCAGAGUUGGUGAACUAUCCUCAGGAUGAGGGACCAAUCAGACAAGAGACCAAUCAGAGCAAGAUCUGCUCUGUCCAAUAACACACGUGGUGAAAGCGAACAUAGUGAACUACAGUCAGGAAUCUGUGGCACGACCGGUCAACCCUCCACGCAGUUCCAUGUGUAACGUACAGUGACUACGAUACAUCAUCUCUGUCAUUCAGUGUCUGUGAUGUAAAAGUGUUGUGUUUAACAGAGAUCUGUCAUGAGUACAGAUGAGACGAGACAUUUAAUUCACUCUCAUUCAGAGCUGAUCCACAGAUUCUGCUGUGACCUUUACAGUUUACAAUUGUUUCUUUGUUUUCUCUUUUGCCAAUUAGAUAUUGUACAUGAUUGAAAACAGCUUUUGAAUGAGAGUAGAUCAGAGUUUUAUCUGUUAUUUAUCAGAUAAAUGAAACAGACACUUAAUAGAGAAAACAGAUUAUUUACAUUUUUUUCAGAUGAAGUAUUUUUAUGAUUCAGAUCUGACACCUGUAUGAGAAUACCUUUGACAUCCUGUGCUCGGACAUCGUUCUGAAAAAUAAAUAAUUCUGACAAAAUCAACAGUGCUUUAGGCAGAAUAGAUACAUAUACAUUAAUACAGUUCACAAAUGAAAAAUGAUUUAUAAAGAAAAAAUGUGCUUUAUUUUUUUGCUUUUUUUGCAUAUAUUUGUCGAACUGCAAAUGAUUAAACUUGGAGAUUUCAUCACUUUUUUUAUUCAGAAAAAUAUUCUCUGAAACAAAUUAGAAUUGGCUGUUUAAUGUGGUAUGCAUUAUUGCUUUUUGUUUUGCAAUUUGUAGAAACUUUACUAUGAAGCAGAAUUUUUAACUGUAAAGUUAUACAUUCAAAAAUCCUUGUAUGUUCCAGAAAUCUAUAAAAACUAUAUUACAUACGAGUCAUUAUAAGACUUAUGUUUGAUGUUUUUAAGUAUUUUGGACCAGUAAUCGGCAGAAAGGACUUUGCUGCCUGUCAGCUGUGUUUGUUUUAAUUUCUUUGGGACAUCAGGAUUUUCUCUGUACUUUACCAUUAUACGAUACAACAUUAUAUUUAAACACUGAAUGUAUUUGCAAAAACAAUUACACUGUAAAUAAUUUGCUGUAGUUAUGCGGCUGUUUGCCAGUAACUUACUGUAGAUAUAAAUGUAUUGUAUGGAUCCAUGGAAAGCAUUCUGGAAACCAGAAAUCCUCAUAAACCUUUUUUCUCUUUUUUCUUCAGAUUUUGAUUCCCAAAAUGCUUUGCAUAAGGCUGUUAUUUAGUUUCAUUCUGUAAAGAUAAAGAUUGGUUAAUGUUCAUUUCACAUUAAACAAACUGUUGCCAGUAAAUAACAUACAUUUAAAUAUACAGUAAGUUACUGGCAAACAGCUGCACUGUAACUUCUACAGAAAUUUUAACAGUGAAGCUUCUUCGGGUGUAAAAUGUUGUAGGCUCUCUGAGUUUAGUAAUAAAUGUCAAAAGACACAUUAAAAUCGAUGUCUGUUUUUUCUUUCA